UUGCCUCCCCGCGUCACUGGUCCGUUCCCCGUAACCUGCGUCUUGAGAGCACUUGAGUGCAAAGCGCUCUCUGUACCGAUCACUUUCUCUUCUCCCUUUUUGAAGAGUACUUCGGAGUUACGUCAGACUCAGGCAAAAAGUGCAGGGCAAGCAAGUGAGUCGCUAAGGAGCCAUACGUAUUCAUUUCUGCUAAACCCGGGUAAGAAAGCUGACUGCUCAACGAUCAAUGCCAUUUAAAAGCAAAACUUAUAUGCCAAAAUGUGGUAAGUCAUCUUUUUUGUGCAAAUUUCAGCAGAGGGGAUGUUGGCUCUCUUUUUUUUCACGUGACAGGUCAAUGUAUAUGUCAUAAAUGCGCGUGAAUAACGGGAUUCAUGAACGACUCACUCUCUCACCGUUAAAUUACAUGUCAUGGUGAAAUAUCUGAUAUUUCUAAUUCACAGACGUCUCCCCGAUUUUUUUAAAAAUUCAUUUCAUUAUUUUUGCUAAUCUCAAAACAAAAUGCCUCACACUCGGAACAGGAACCCUAGUCCCAUCCCAGAAGUAACAUGGGACACGGGACUGAAGGAAAUGAACGAAACUUGGAAGGGAGCGAUCGCCUGCUUCGGCGUCGCGAUCUUCUUUGUUAUGACUAUCGGGAUCAUUUAUUGGCAAGUUGUGGAUCAACCCAAUAAAAACUGGAUCCUAAGGGGGAGUUUCAGCGGAAUGAUCUGGGAGAGAAGGAGCAACUCUCUUGUCAUACAAACAGCGUCAGAGGACAAGACCUUCGUGGAGAUCUACGUGGGGGACAUGGGGACCCCCGACAAUGACGUUCCGUUUGUCAGAAACUUGUGCUGGUAUAACAAGACCGAGUUCUGUUACACGUGGGAUUCGGUGGCAGACUUGAAGGUAUCGGUGGAAUCGGACGAGAAGUCGCAGAUGGAAUGCUACAGAAUUACCUGGACACCUCUGCAUUGCCAUGUGGAAUUAAAGGACUGCUUCUCCAUGGCCAAUGUCUCCUGGUACGGCGGAGCAGGAGUACGUGCACAGAGCUGGCCGAUAAAUAUGGUGAACGUGUCCAUGCAGCCUUUCACCGUGAGCAAUUUGAAAGACAAUCCCUUAGGUUACGGAUCGGUUCUGGAGCGUUACUUCUUGGGCUCUACAGGCGUAGCUGUGCUGGUCGACCCAGAGGUGCCCCUUCAUGUUGGUGUUGACAGCCAGCACCAGUACUGCCUAAGGACCCCACCCAAUACAGAGCAGCUACCCCUCCAGUACAUGGUGUGCGUGGGCCCGAACGCCAAAGUCGUCCACCAGGAGGCAGUACGCCAGCUCUCCGACCAUAAACGGGUGCUGCCUAACAUGGACAUAUUGCGGUCUCCCUUCUGGAAGCUGCUUGUGAAUGUGGACUCAGGACGGAAGCUGGAGAGAGAGCUGAGGUCCUUCUCCAAUCGUCUGAAAAGACACCAUUUAGGGGAGGGGAUCAUUACUCUCAAUGAACAUUCCACCUAUCUACUCUCGAGCAUGCAGGAGCAGGCCGAAAAGAUGAUGUUCAAGAGACAGACCAGGAAUGUUCGUCUGGUACAGUUUCUGAACAUUUCCGUCACACUCUCCCCGUUCCUGAGCGUGGACACGCCGCAGUUCCACAACUCCCUGCAGGACGGCACUGAGGCCUACUGGCUUAGCCUUCCUAUGGCCCAACACGGACGUCUGGUCCCCUUAUUGACGCAGUGGAAAGGAAAAUUCUGCGUGAAGCUGAAUGUCACCAACCCAGCAGCAGUCAACUGGUUUCUGAAUAAGGUGGGCGGUCUGCAUGCCCGACUGGGCAUGGAAUAUAUCAUCUUGGAGGGCGGGGAGGGAAACCCUUUCGAGGAACAGGCCAUGCAGCCACCAAAAGCUCUUGCCGGCGAUGAGUACAUCGGGCUGUUAGCCGGAGUCGCAGCGAAGAUCGGAGACACGGCAAUAGUGACGUCAGGCACCAGGUCCAGCCAUGUUCCAUUGUUUAUCCGGAUGAACCCACUGCAUAAUGACUGGAGCUAUUUUGGGCUGAAGGGCCUUAUUCCAUCCGUCCUGCACUAUAGUCUUCUGGGAUAUGACUUCUUCAUUCCUGAUGCAGUAGGAGGUUCCCUGUCAAGGAAUCUUUUCACAGAUGAGGAGCUCUUUAUCCGUUGGCUGGAAAUUGUCUCAUUUCUCCCUACCAUCACUUUCCAGAUUCCGCCGUGGGUGUAUGGAGACAGCCAGGUCCUGAACCUCACGAGAGCUUACAUAGCUAAGCAUCAAGCCUUCGUCGUUCCUCUCAUAGUGAAGUACGCCAAAGAGUGGAAGGAGCAGCAAAGCCCGAUAUACAGGCCUCUCUGGUGGAUCAGCCCCGAUGACCCCGUCACGUUCACCAUCGACGAUGAGUUCCUCAUUGGCGACGACGUACUCGUCGCACCGGUGACGGAGAAAGGAGCUCUGCACAGAGACAUUUAUCUGCCAGGGAACGGUUUGAAGUGGGAAGACCAAAGAAAAGAUCAAAAUAACACUCUUGUUUUCGACGGAGGGACGCUUCUAGAAAACUAUCCAGUUGGUCUUGAAGAUGUCGCUGUCUUCAUGCGAAGACAUUCAUGAAAUGUACAGAUCCGACUCACAGUUUUUGCAAUAUUUUCCACUCUUGGUGUUCUGUUGCACUUUGCAGCAAGACCACUGACAGUAUCUCGAGACACAGUCUUGAGAUUAAGUUUUAAAAAUAUUUUUAUACUUGCACUUUACAAAUUCAAGAUUAUUUCUUUACUCUCCUUUUUUUUUUAAACGGUAUGAUCCAUUUCAACACUCGGUUUAUUUUUGGAACUUUUCUCUUCUGUCUUUCUUUGCUGUUAAGCAUCUGCAAUGUGCAAAGACCUUCAGCGUUUACACCAUUUACAGUCUUUAAAGUCGAAUCAUUUCUAGUUCCACUCCAGUGGUGUUAGCAAACUGUUAUGUUUAAUUUGCGUAAAAAAAAGUACGAGUUUUAGCCUUGUGAAAGACCAAAAAGAAGAAAUCGAUGAUGUUUAAGUGGCAGAGGAGCCUGUAAACGCUUGCAUUUGGACUUCGUACAAAAAUCAAGUCUUUUAUCAGUUUUGCUCAAAGGCUUUUACUUGAAUUGUAUGGACUGCUGUGUGUAUGAUUGAAAAGAUGUACCUCAACAGCAGUAUCACCUUACGGAACCAUACACAGUUUAUCGAUUGACACUUAAUGUACGAUUUCUCACUUAGUCUCUCUUGAAGCACUUAUUUAUGAGAACUGAAGGACUUUAUGAGCAAUUUAUGAUCAUUAUGCGGAAAGGCCAAUUUGACCAUUAAUAAGACCAGUCGAGUAUAACAUGAGAAGACCUAUAAAAAUAUGCUAUCCCGUUAUAUAUAGCAGAGGGAAUGAAAACCAACACAAAGGUAUCGUUACGCUGCUGUGAAAUUCGCCAGCCACUUGGAAUGCAGAAUUAAUUAUGACGUGCUUCUGUCAUUUGCCUACAGCCAGGACCACCACAUCCUGCUCUUGUUAUUUCCUGUUCACACCAACAGAAAGCCACUACAGAGUAGGACAGUGUAGGACUGGGGGCCUGGCGAUGCCAGCGAGCUGAACAUGCUAAAAGGAAUGCUGCAGGGGGGUGGGGGGGAGUUUAAGGAUUUUUAUAGAUUAGGUGAUGCAGAAAUGGAGUGGAGUGCAUGGCGUAACUUUGCAAAGCCCUAAAGGCGGAACAAGGACCCCGAAUAACAAACAUAACAUCAGUUUUAAGCAGAACUUUCAUCACUGUAUGAUAUAUUGCUUUGGUCUCAGUUGUUAGUUGUUUUUAAUAGGAGCCACAGAGUAUGAAACCAAAGGCCUGUUAUGACCCACGAUUACACCAGAACCACCAUGAGUGGAACCUGAUCGUGUUAAAACUGCAGGAGCCUCAACUGGGAGCCACAGCUUCUCAUAUGUGAAGAGGGAGGUUGGAUGUGGAGUUCACUGGCCAGCCUGUGUUCUAUUCUAGCCCUGGUUUGCGUCGUAUAAAUGGAUCGUUUCCCUUCCGUCCCAUCGCAAAGUGCGUCUUUCGGCACAGCGAGAACUCGCUAGGCUGCAUGAUUUGACCCGUCCACUUCUGCUGUUCGGAGGUUCCAGACAGAUUGCGGAAUGACACCUUAACUCUACAGUUACGUGCGGCGAGUGAUCAGACUGAAUUAUACAGCUUAAAUGUAACUGGCUGCUGAGAGUACAGCUUGAUAUAUUCAUCACCAAAUAUAUUAAACGUAAAGUAUAAGCAGUAUAUGCUGCAACCUUGAAUUAUGUGAUUUGCUGGAUAAUCGUUAACAAUCAUCAUUCUUCGGAAGCGUUUUUCUUAUAAGACACCUGUGGUCUGUGAUUGGACAAAGGCCUGUCUCUGUAUAUCAGGCUUGCUGUGUCGUCAUUUGCAGGGGUGGACAGUUGAGGCCUAGAAAACAAAAAUCCAGACCAACAGUUUGUUUCAUCCAACCAGUUGAGUACUCUGUGAUUGUGACUCCGUCAAUCCAUCUAUCUAUCCAUUUUCUUUAACUGCUUGUCCUGUUCAGGGUUGUGGGGAAUUCGGAGCCGGAGUGGGGCACCAACCUGACUGUGACUCUUUAUACUCAACAGGUUGGAUGAAACAAAAUCUUGGUCUGGAUUUUUACUUUCUGGACCUGAACUGUCCACCUCUGCUCAUUUGAAACCGUUUUUUUUUUUUUUUAAACCUUCAGUCACUCAAGAAAAGUUACUCAAAAUUUCAGUCACAAGAUUAUUAAGUGCAAAUAUGAUCAAUAUUAAGAUUAUGAUACGUUUGCCUCCUGGGACCUGAACUCAAUGACUUAACUUUAUGUGUAUAUGUUUACUUGAUUUCUAGAACUCAGGUCUGGUAGAUACAAACAAUAACACAGAUGUCUUACAACGUAAUCCCACUGUUUGCACUUCAGCGUCUUAUGCCCUUUCUGGGGAACGAAAACAAACAAAGAAAUUAUGGCUUUGUAUGUACAUAUGGUUCCUUAACCUGUAAUUUCGAGCAUAGUAGCAAAAUGAAUCUAGUGUUCCCAGGUUAACUAAAGAGGAAGAUUAAUCUCUGUUGCCAGGGGGCAAAUUGUUCCUUCUCAUCCAGUUUAUGGGUUUCAUUCACUAUGCCCAAUUCAGGCUCUUUGUUUUGAUCAAUGAAGAUAUAAAACUGACAAACUGCAAUAAAAUUCUACAAUUGCAGGCUGUUGUGUCCACCCUGUCCAACAUGCCAUUAUGGUACAUUUCCCAUUGUAACAGUAACGAUGAUGUAAUCUGUAAAUGCUCAUGUAAGGUGAAAAUAGAAAACAUAUAUUCAUCACUGUCACUAUGAAGUUUUAUUUCAUGGACAUCAGGAGUUUAACGUCUCUCAGUUCAAAAAGCUCGUAGCUGAACAUGCAGUACUGUGCAAAAGUCAAAGAAAAUGCUGAAUGCUAUUUAUCUGGGUAGCAGCUGUGUAUUUGCUCUGGAAAAAAAAGUACAUUUAACAUUAUAAUGUAUGUAAAUAAGCUGUAACAGAAUAUAAAGGAACAAGAACAACUUCUGCUCUCCUUAAAAGUUACGCAAAUCUUUUUCGAUGGCUGGAAGAGCAAAUUUCCCCUCAGCCAUUGCAAAUAUUCGUUACAUUUUAACUUGCUGGUAGUGAAAAAUAAAUAACAAAUUAACUUUAUUAGCCAAAUAAGGCGUGUGAGUGACAAGUUGCAGAAAUGCAUGGGUGUAUUGGACGGUCAUAGCUAAUACAGGGGGGAUGACUUGAGGAGAGGUUUCGAAAUGACUAAGCUAACCGUACGCUAUCAGAAAAAAGGGUAGUUUUGUUACCCAGUGCAAAGCAACAUUAAUGUACCCCCAAUGGUACAAAAAUGUUCCUCAAUGUACUUCAAAAGGUACAUUUACCUACGGCUAGGGCACAACUGGUAGACCCUUGAGGGUACAGUCCCAGUGACAAGUAAUUGUACCCUCAAAGGUAUAAAUUGGUACUUUUUUCCUGAGAAUGUAUAAUGAUAGGCAUGAUAUCAUAUGUAAUUUUAUUGCAACAUGAAAAUCAUUUAAACAUAAUUUUCUUGGAACACCUUUCAUUCUUUUGUACAGUAUUUUAUGUAUCCAUUUGUACCCCCUCUGUGUAUCUGUCACCAAAUCCCAAUAAACCCAAUAAAACUUUACAUGCAAGGUGAUUUCUAUUGGAAAUCACACCCCCAGUA